CUAUACAAUCCUCAGCCAUUAUAACGCUCAUAGGCUGUAAUUGCUACUCGAUAUUGGCACCACUCCUGACAGGGUUAUUGCUCGCUAGGACAGACCAGCGCUAGCGACUUUGCCGAGUGAGUACGGUAGUCUAGUCUAGCUACGGCUGACGAUAAAGGGGCAGGGUACAGGAACCGCCACAAACACGACCAAGGUAGGCGUAGUGUCCUGCGCGCUGGGCCGCUGGACCCUGGAUGACCGGAUCUAACAAUGCCUAGCUCAUCUAAAAGACAUGGAGCCUCUUGUCGCGUACCUGUCUUCCAGUUUUAAAUAACACCACCGGUCGCUUUCUCUCUUUACCAGGUUACACACCAGCCCAAUCCACGAGGAGGAAAUCAUCUGGAGACCAAUCAUCCCCAAGCACUCCCACGAACGGGCAGAGAUCAACAUGUCGAACCCAUACGGGGAGCAGAACCCUUACGCUCAGGACCAACAACAACAGUACGGCCAACAUGACAACUACGCCCAUGAAAACUACGAAAUGCAAAGCUACAACAACAACAGCGAUCCCUCUGCCGUCCUGAGCCAACAAGACUUCCUCCACCGCGUGCAAGACCUGCGCAACCAGAUCGACUCCUUCACCAGCGACCUCACCACCAUCAGCCAGCUGCACCAGCGCGUCCUCAACAGCGCCAGCGGCCACGACCAGCACGGCCAGCAGCUCGACCAGCUCCUCGCACAGACGCAGCUCCGCGUCGCCAGCAUCAAGGACGGCAUCAAGGCGCUCGAGCACGACCUGGCGCGCACAACCGGCGGCGCGCGCGGCGUCAAGACCACCCAGCUCGACACCCUGCGGUCCUCAUUCCGCAGGGAGCUCGACACCUUUCGCAGCCUCGAGAGCGACUACCGCGCGCGCUACCGCGAGCAGAUUGCGCGCCAGUACAGGAUCAUCAACCCCGACGCCGACGAGCACGAGGUCCAGCAGGCCACCGAGGCCGACUGGGGCAAUGAGGGCGUCUUCCAGGCGGCGCUCCGCACCAACCGCACUGGCCAGGCAAGCUCCGUCCUCGGCAACGUCCGCGCCCGCCACGGCGAGCUCCAGCGCAUCGAACAGACCCUCAUCGAGCUGGCCGCUAUCUACCAGGACCUGGCGACCGUCGUCGAGCAGCAGGACGUGCACGUCCAGGCCGCCGAGGCCAACGCCGUCGGCACCGUGGAGAAUCUCGAAAAGGGCACCGGCCAGGUCGAGGUCGGCAUCAAGCACGCCCGCAACCGCCGCAAGCUCUUCUGGUGGCUCAUGCUCGUCAUCUUCCUCAUCAUCGCGGUCAUUGCCAUUGCCGUCAGCGUCAAGAUCUGCGUCGUGGAUGAUAACUGCAAGAGCAAGUAAACGUGCGCCUGGGUUGGAGUUGAUUUUAUGAACACCAUGUGGAUGAUACCAGAGUUUAUACAAGAAUAGACAUGAACGAACAUACGUAAUACUAAUAAUACUCAUCACUAA